AUGAGCACGGGCAAAAGGAGGGCUGGGGAUGAAGUCAGUGGAAAGUCCGAAGUGACCAAGCGCUUGAAGCUGAUGCAGGGAGAGCAGCAUGAACAUAACCAUGAACAUGGACAAGUGGCUGGUGAUGAUCUGCCGGUAAUGAGCUUGGAGCAAAGCAAGGGGGCGGUAUGCUUCGAUGAACGGUACGAUCGUACGAGUAUGAAUUAUAAGAGUUACGAAGUUAAUGAUACCCAUGCAGACAAGGAUAAGCGUAUAUUCGCUAACCUGACGAUAUAUAUCAAUGGUUCCACCAUGCCACUGAUAUCAGACCAUAAGUUGAAAAAUAUGCUGGUAGACCAUGGAGCGAAGAUAUCAAUUGGCCUUGCCAGGCGGAGUGUGACGCACGUCAUCCUCGGUGAUCCAAAUGGGGCGGGUGAGGUCGAGAGUGGCGGUGCAGGUAAGGCUGCCAGGAAUUCGCAGCCCGGGGCCGGUGGAGGACUUGCAGCCGGCAAAAUGCAGCGAGAGAUAAGCCGUGUUAGCGGCAUGGGGGUUAAAUUCGUUGGGGUUGAGUGGCGAGUAUUCCCUUUACCUGGCUUAUUGCAUUGUUUCGUGGAUAAAGUACCUGCCUGCUGA